AAACCUUUUGGGAGCUACUUGAUAACCAACCUUCCAAAUGAUAACUGCCGGUUUAAAUUUUAUAUCUGAAAUAAAAGUGAGCGAUCUUAAUUAUCUAAAAAACAAUAAAGUUAGUUGUGUGUGCAUAGUUUGCAAUAGUGUCAUCUAACCGUUAUGAGAUAACGAACGAUAACAAUCUCCUGGUUCCUGAAUUAAAUUCCAUACAUGAAGCAUGACCAUUCCACUAUGGAGCUUUCUUUUCCUCUUCUCGGUGUUCUCCUCUGCUUUCGGUGAACUCACGUGUAAUUCCAAAGAUGCCUGCAAAUGCUACAGCUCUCCAACCGAUUUUGAAAUCCAGUGUCCCCCCGGCGACGAUUUUGAUCUCAUUGUUCACGUAACACAAGCAAACACCGAAAUCUCAGUAGAUUGUGCAACCGAACUGAAAAUACUCCACCCCUACCAGCUGCCAAAUAUUACCAUGGAGUAUGUCGAGGUUUUCCGAAUGAGAUCUUGCCCAUGGCCCCAAAAACCAUUUCACACCAUCAUAAAAACAUUUUCCCCGAGAAAAGUAACCUCUUUAAAUUUUAUUGAUUCGUCCGGUACCAAGCACGUCCUGACAGCCGAUUAUUUUCAAAAUCUUGAAAGUCUUCAACAUUUGAAUUUAAACGAGAACCGACUUACUAAUCUAGAUGAAGACGUUUUUAAGAACAUGCCGAAUUUACUAAACCUCGAAUUAGAGGAUAACAAUAUCGUUCUGAAAAAAAAAAUGUUUCGAUACGUUCCACAGCUGGAGUUUUUAUAUCUUUCGGGGAAUGGUUUGGAGAAUUUGCCUGAUGGUGUUUUCAAGCCUCUGAAAAUGCUAGAGAGGCUGCAUUUGUGGAACAACAAACUGAAGAGCUUAGAUAGGUCGACUUUUAGAGGUCUUGUGAGUCUACAGUCUCUUGAACUGAGCAUCAACCAGAUUGAAAGUAUCGCGGAAGAUGCGUUCAAAGACUUGAAAAACCUGAUACAGGUGAACUUAUCGUCUAAUAAAUUGAAAAUGAUUCCGUCAAGUUUGUUUAGAUAUAACAGGAAACUGGAAUCGUUGAGAAUGAAGAACAACUUCAAUUUGCAGCUGCCCGACUACUUGUUUGCAAAUUCUACGAUAAAGGAUGUGGAUUUGAGUAACUGUCGGUUACAAACUAUCCCAGAACAUAUUUUUGAAAAUUGUGCGAAUCUAAGUACGAUCAUUUUGGAAAAUAACCAUCUUAAGUACUUAUCGCAAGUCCUGUUCAAAGGCCUGGUUAAUUUAAAAAAGAUUAAUCUCCAAAAGAAUUCUAUUAGCGCUUUAGCGUCUGAUGUCUUCUCUGACUUAAGCGCUUUAGAAAACCUGAAUCUGAAAGCUAACAAAUUGGAACACGUCUAUUCAAAACUGUUCACUAAUCUGACUGAAUUAAGAAUUGUCGAUUUUUCUCGCAACCGAAUAAUCACUCCCAUUGAAGAAAUCAUCGCGCUAGAAGAAACCCCUCAUUUGACUCAACUCGACUUAAGGCAUAACUAUAUUUCAUCAAUCAAACUUCGUUAUCUCAAACCUCGCGCUAAUAUCACCAUCAGACUAAACUACAAUCGAAUUACCAUUGUCGAUUUUCAAGAUGUCGACUUUAAGACAACUUCCGCCAUUUCUCAGAUUUACUUAAAUAACAAUCCGAUAGAGUGUUGCAACAACUACGAUUUAGUAGUCUUUAUGAAAAGCAGCAGGAAACAAAGCAGUAUUGACAUUUUUCCAAAAAAAUUAACGUGUUUGAAUUCUCAAGAGUCAAAAAAUCAAACAACUGUUAUCAACGUGUCGGCAAAUUUUACAUGUUCUUUGGGAAUUUUUCAAAAAAACUUCCACUGCCCAGACGCAUGCACCUGUAGCUGGAAACUAUUGGAUAAAUCUGUUGUUAUCGAUUGCUCGUACCGGAAGCUGACAGACUUCCCCAUUAUUGACUUAACUCAAAACGACCGAGUGGAGAUUAAUUUGGAGGGGAAUUAUUUGAGUCAAGUACCAGAAUUGAGUGCGUUCCAUAACGUCACUAAGUUGUUUUUGGCUCAUAACAAAAUUCGUAAAGUGCUGUCGGUACCACCUAAUCUUGAGGUGUUGGAGCUGAACCAUAACCACCUGAACACUCUGGACCCCCAUAUUGUAUCUAAAUUAAACAGCACGCGUCUGCUGCGGUUAACACUACAUGACAAUCCUUGGGUUUGUGACUGUAAUUCUGCAAGUUUGGCCAAUUUUCUCCGCCAGUCAAACGCAGUUGUCACAAAUGACAUAGCUUGUCUCAACAAUAAACAGCGUCUUGUCAACCUCAAAAAAUCCGACCUUUGUGACAACGGGAAGACAAUGUACCUGCUUUCAGUAGUACUAGUAGUACUUUUAAUUUUCGCAGCUGGUACCGCUUGCUAUUAUCGUUACCAACAACAAAUCAAAAUUUGGCUCUUUUCCAAAAAUCUUUGUCUUUGGUGGGUGACUGAAGAAGAUUUAGACAAGAACAAAACGUACGACGCUUUUAUAAGUUACUCGCACGGGGAUGAGCAAUUCGUGACUGAAAAUCUAUUACCCACUUUAGAAAAAUCCCCUCAGGGUUACAAACUCUGUGUUCACUACAGGAACUGGAUACCAGGCGAGCUCAUAACAAGCCAGAUCACCAAUUCGGUCUUCCAGUCCAAACGAACAGUCGUAGUAUUAUCAGAAAACUUCCUGGAAAGUGUGUGGGGGAAAAUGGAGUUCCGUACAGCUCACACUCACGCGAUGAGCGAGGGAAGAACGAGAGUCAUCAUCGUGUUGUACGGAGAUGUUGACAUUAACAGUUUGGACGAAGAAUUGAAGAUGUAUUUGAAGACGAACACUUAUGUUAAAUGGGGCGAUCCGUACUUCUGGGACAAGUUGAAGUACGCUCUGCCACACAAAAAGGUACAGGUAGGUAACAAGGUGAGGGUAAAUGAAGAGGUUACGCUUAUUCAGUCUGCGCCAUCUUCGCCUGGUACCACCCCUCCGAUCAACCUAAGUCCGAAUCUGGAGAAAAGGAAUCCGUUUAAAUUUGUUCAGAGAAUGGACGGGUCGAAAUUUUCGUCGCUUGGAUGAAAAACUACUGAAUAAUAAUGUUAGGUUAAGUUAAUGUAUGUUUUUUAUACUGGUUUGUACUGAGUUUUGAAUAAAAAAGAUAAACGAA